AUGAGUGAACCUAGCAGCGGCACAAGCGGAGGGAGCGAUGACAAAGACUUCAUUGAUGAUUUUGGCAAUGAAACUGGAACCAAGUACGUCUUUACUGGAGGCUUCCUGGGCAGCGACGAAGAAGAUGAUGACGGCUUCGUAGCCCCCGGGACUUUGGCAGAAGCAGUUGCCCCCGGUGAUGCUGAAGGGAACACACCUUUUGAUCACCGUGGACAAAGCAAACUAUUCACGACCGAGAAAGCCAAGAGGAUUGCUGAAAGCACAUUGGAACGUGAGAAGUGGAGUAGCUUGGUCGAGGAAUUCGAUGAAAAGGGUCAAGUUGCUGCUGGUGAUACUGGUACAGGAGGAACCAAACCUGUUGAUCGCCGCCGCCAAUUCCACCAACUCUUCGUGACGGAGGAGAAAGGGAAGAGGAUUGCCGAAAGCACUACGGAGCGUGAAAAAGAGAGCAGCCUCGUCGAGGAGGAAUUUGUCGUCGAGGAAUUCGAUGAAGAGGUUCAAGUUCCUGGUGGUGAUACAGGAGGAAAUAUACCUGUUGAUCGCCGUGACCAAUUCCACCAAUUCUUCACGACGGAGGAAGCGAAGAGGAUUGUGGAAAGCACAUUCGAACGUGAGAAGAGGAGCAGCUUGGUCAAGGAGGAAUUUGAUGAAGAGGGUCAAGUUGCUGCUGGCGAUGCUGGGGGAAAUAUUCCCGUUGAUCGUCGUGGCCAAUUCCACCAGUUCUUCGUGACGGAGAAAAAAGCCAAAAGAAUUACCGAAAACGCAACGGAGCGUGAAAAGAGGAGCAGCCUCGUCGAGGAGGAAUUCGAUGAAGAGGGUCAAGUUUCUGCUGGUGAUGCUGGAGGCACAGACCUUGAUGAGUUGGAGAUUGAAGUUGAGAACAUUCUUGGUGAGGCAGCCAAAGCGAAUCCGCAGAAAGUUAGAUUUGGUUGUGCGGAGGCGGAAGCAAGUGAAAACUCUGACGAGUCGUUUUGGGCCAGCGAGAGUCAACGGGACAAAGCAGAUAUGGCAGAUGAAAUCGAGCACUUUGAUGCUGCGAGCCCCGAGCAUCGUGGGAGAAAUGUCAUGUUUGCCCCAGAUGCGCACGUGGGAUUGGACGACUACGAGGAAGCAGGUGAUGCUGAUGACGAAGCUUCAGAUGGAAGGAAGGAUGAGGAGGAUGAAAGUAAGAAGGACGAGACCAGCAGCAAUGAUGAUGGAGAUGCUGAGGAUGUUGAGAAUCCUGGUGAUGGAGGAGUUGUUGAAGACUUGGAAGUGAACAGUGAGUCUGCCUCUUGCAGCUCUCUCAAUACAGAGGAGCGUCGCGAGAAACUCAUUCGGGAGAGUCUGCUCUACAUGUUCUAUGAAAAGCUUGGCUGUACCAUUUUGGCUCCGAUUUUGGCCCCCAUCAUGGCAUUCUUGACAAAUGGUGCAGCCGCAGGAGCUGGGGCCUCAACUGCUGCUGCUGGUAUGGCUUCUGCAGCUGCCACUGCUACUGUAUCUCAAGUUGGAACUGCCAUUGGCAUGGCUGCUGUAACGGCAGCCGCAGUAUCCUCUUCUGUGGUGAUGGUAACACCCUCAAAUACCUUUUCAGAUGAUUUCAUUCCACCCAUUUGUGAAGACACACAGGUUCUAAAGGAGGGAUUCGUAGAGCUGCAGAUUCAAGGAAUGCCUCCCUCAGCUCUCCCAGCCAGAAAGUUUGACUUGGAAUAUGUGUUUCGCGAUAUUUACAAUUCGAUCACGGGAAUGUGUCUUGACCCAUUCAAGCGUGUCAUGCAUGAUGCAUUUAUCGAAGAAUGGUCAGUCCAGUAUGGAAAUGAAUCUGAUUACUUGAUUCUUGAAAGCAAUACAACAACACAGGCUGAGAAACAACUUGUCAUUGAUGCAAGUAUCACCACGACUCAUUGGUCUGCUCAUGUGGCUUGUGAUGGAUGUCCUGAUCACGAGCCCCUUUUUGAACCUGGAGAGCUGGACGAUGAAACAGUUCGAGGUAGGAGGCGCUUAAGGCUAUCAGACCUCUGCAGUCCAGAGUAUCAAGACAAGGAAUUCUUUGAUCGAGUACAAAGGAAGCUUCGAGAACUCCGGGAACUAGCUGGCGAGGAAGAUGGAGAUGAGCUGCCUCAGAUGCUUUACGAUCUGGAUCAAUUCUUUGCUUUGUUUGCAGCCAUGUUUGGAUACAACCUCGAACCCGUUUUGAGUGGCCGCAUCAUCAGAGACCAAUAUGGCAAUGUCAUCUACUUGCAGCCUCCUCCAGGGAAUGGAGGAGGCCAAAGUUCCAAGUUUUGCCAAACAGUUCUCAACAGUGAUGAUUUUGAUUCGCAGACACUUGCUGAUUGCCUUGCUAGCCCAGGACAGCUAGAGUGCCAAGAGUUGUUACCUGAGUUGAUGAAUGUCCUCAAUGAAGCUGUGGAAGAAGGGGACCCAAUUGUUGUUGAUGCCAAAGAGGUGGAGGAUAGAGAAAGAGAUAGACUCUCUCUGAAACCAACAUUGUCUCCUACUGUCAAACCAACACAUGCCCCAUCAAGUGCACCAUCCAGCAGACCUUCGUUGCAAGUGACUGAAAGCCCCAGUUCAUCACCAUCAGUACAAGGGGAUGGAAGCUCUGAAUAUGCUUCGUCCACCACCGAUGAUGGAAUUUCCGAGCCAGAUUAUGGAGUAGCAGCUGCUUUUGGCUCUUCUUUCGAUGACGAUUCAGCUGCAUCAGGAAGUGGUGGAAGUGGUGGUGAAUCUGGAUCAGACACUGGCGAGGGUGGCAGUGGUGGCGGUAAUGGCGGCGGCAGCGGCAGUGACAGUGAUGCUGACACAUCUGGGGGCAAUGGGCCAGAUUCUGGUGGCAACUCUGUUCAAGAUGAUGACAACGCUAUGUCAUCUACUUCUGAAAGGGGCUCUGAUUCAGAGCAGUACAUAGACAACGGUGAUGAUGCAUCGAACGUGAACGAUGAUACAAAAGACGAUGAUGUUGCGUCUGACGUGGAUGAUGAUACAAGCUUCAGCGGUGGCACUGAUGACUUUGUUGUAACUGAUGAUGAUGCUAGCUCCGCGGCAAGAGAAGAUGCAGGUGAGCUGCCUCCUGGAACCACCAGUGGUGAACUUGAGGAAGCUACAUCGACUGAGAGCCUGAAUGGGGCACCAGUGGGUCCGUCUACUUCAAGUGUCAUGGGCCCAGAGACAGACCAGAGUCCUGUGUCUGGUGGGACUAGUCCUUCAGUGCCCUCAGCAACAGUCGUUGGGGCCCCAACUCUUGCCAGUGUUGCUGGGGCUCCCAGUUUAUCAGCUUCACCUGCAGCACUUGCACCUAGUGCAAGCCUGAGUCCUUUUUCCGGGGUAACUGGUGAAACUUUGCCAUCGUUGAGUACAGGGAUAGCUGCACCAUCUGUGCCAUCUGUAAACACAGCUGGUACCCCAUCGAUUGCAGGGGCUCCCAGUUCAUCAUUAGCACCUGGAUCACUGGCACCAGGUGCAAGCCAUAGUCCAUUGGCUAUCGGCCCAUCAGUGCCAUCAGCAAGUUUCCCAUCUGUUGCGGGUGGUGCUGGGACUCCCAGUUCAUCAAUUUCACCUGCAGCACUGGCACCAGGUGCAAGCCUAAGUCCCUUGUCUGCUGCAAGUGGUGAUCCCAUGCCUUCAUUGGCUACGGGAGUGCCGGCGCCAUCUGUACCCUCUGCGAUUACGGCUGGUGGCCCAACUGUUGGUAGUAUACUUGGGACUCCAAGCUCAUCAGUAUCACCUGGAACUAUAUUGCCAGGUGCAAGUGAAAGUCCUCUAUCUGCUGGAGCUGGACCAAUGCCUUCAUUGAAUGGUGCUGCUACUAAAAUUCCUGUACCAGCUGAAGUCGAAGCAGAGGCUCCAACAGUCGAGGAUGCAAAUAGGGCCCCCGCUGUUUCUCCUGGCACAUCUGAACAAGGCAUUACACUUGAACCCACAAAUGAGGAUACCGUUGCCAACACUGUCCAGGGAUCUCAAGCUGCAACAGUUGAAGGAACACAGGAAUCUACUCAGGAAAUCACGGAACAAGCAACUCCUGAGGUGACUCCUGAUUCUACAGUGGAAGUCACACCAGAGCCAACACAAGAGAUCACAUCUGACAACUCAGCAGAGCAGACACCUCAACAUACAAAUGAGCCAACUGCAGACAACACCCCAGAUGCCACACCAGAUGCCACACCAGAUGUCACCCCAGAUGCCACGCCAGAUGCCACGCCAGAUGCCACACCAGAAGAAUCAACUGAUUCCACCUUGGAGACAACUAUUGACACCACCCCUGAUGACACCCUGGAUGCAACACCUGAUGAAACCCCUGAUGGAACCUCAGACAGCACAUUGGAUGGCAGUGCAUGCACAUACAUAACAACAACCACAAGGACAUUGGUCAACUUUGAUGGUGACACAACCCCAGUCACAGACCCUCAACUCGCCACAGCAUUUGAAAAUGCAUAUGGCACAUUAGCCUUCACACACUGCCCACCAGCACUUCUUUCUACACGGGUAGCAGCACGAUCGGCACGGAGGAAACUUCAAGCUUCCGUUGUCACACAGGUUCAAUUUGAAGUGCAAACAAAUUCUACAACAGUGCAAGGAUGGAUUGAAAGUGACAGUACAAAGGCUUCUUUCUUGAAUGCUUUCAACAAUGAAGUACAACCAUUAGGGAUAUCUGCAGUCCAAGUGGAAGAGGAAGUGACCACAAGCCCUACACCCAUUGCGACAUCAAACAUUACGUCUAGCCCCAAUGUUGGUGCUGGCCCUACCAGUGUAAAUUACAACAGUCCCUCCGCUGUACAUGCCAAUGUGACUCUGGGUGAGCCAACUGGCAGCAACAGUUCUCUGUCAAACACAACUACUAGUCCCAACAACCAGAACGCUGCAAGCCCAACCAUUGUGUCCAAUAUGACAUCUAGUCCCGUCAGUCAGAAUUCAAGCAGUGCCAGCCCUGUUGCGCUGACCAAUAGAACUACAAGUCCAAACAGUCAGAAUUCAAGCAGUGUCAGCCCUGUUGCACUGACCAACACGACUGCAAGUCCCAACACCCAGAAUUCAAGCAGUGCCAGCCCUGUUGCACCGACCAAUACAACUGCAAGUCCCAACAGUCAGAAUUCGAGCAGCAUCAGCCCCACCAGCCUUACCACACUGUCCAAUACAACUGCAGGUCCCAAUGGUCAGAAUUCCAGCAGCAUAAGUCCCAUUGGUCCGGCAACAGUAUCCAAUGUAACUGAGAGUCCCAUAAGUCAGAAUUCCAGCAGUGCCAGUUCCUCAAUCCCUGCCACACUGUCUAACACAACUGCAAGUCCCAUCAGUCAAAAUUCUAGUAGUGCAAGUCCCAUCGGCCCUACAACUUCAAGUCCCAACAAUCAGAAUUCCACCACUGCCAUUCCUAGAAGCCCAACAGCUGCAUCAUUGAAUGCCACUGGCCCAGCCACUGUGGCUCCCAAUGUGACUGUUGGUGAGCCAACUGCCAGCCUCACUGCCAGCCCCAUCCUUCUGUCUAAUGCAACGUCAAGUCCUAGCAGUCAGAAUUCGAGUACUGCCAGCCCAUUCACUGGAGGCCCAACUGUCAUGUCAACAAAUGGGACAAUCGGUGGUAGUGAAAUCCCCACGAACCCAGCCACUGUGUCUCCCAAUGAAACAAUUAGAGAGCCCACCAUACUUCCCACUGUGCUUUCCAGCAAUCAGAAUUCAAGUACUGCAAGCCCCACAACUGCAAGCCCCACCCAAACACCAUCCAAUAUGACGGGCCCUAGUGGCGGGGACUCCACCAGCACCAGCCUAUCCCCUUCAGAAGCACCAAGUGCAGUGUCCAGCGGAGGUCCAUCCCAAUAUCCCAGUGAUGGCCCAAGCUUUGAGAGUUCUUCGCCCAGCGAUGGACCUAGCCAACCACCAACAGGAUCACCCAGCCAAACUCCAACCAAAUCAACAAGUGCGACUCCCACUUCAGACCCAACUGGAACACCCAGUUCAACACCCAGUGCAAGUCCAAUUACCCCCCCUAGUGCAAGUCCAAGUUUGGACCCAAGUGCACAACCCAGCUCUUCACCAAGUCACAGCCCAAUACCGGUGUUCCACACGACAGCCCAAGCACCGGCGCCCAACAACUGCCGCCCCGAGCACUGGAAGUCCACAACUGCCAGCCCAAGCACGGAAGUCCCACAACUGCCGCCCGAGCACAGGAAGCCCAACUACACUGUCGCCCAGCACGGCAAGCCCAGCACCUCCGGUCCAACCACUGUGAGCCCCAGCACCUCCGGUCCGACCACUCUGAGCCCCAGCACGGGAACGCCCAGUACCUUGUCGCCCAGUACAUCAGGCCCGACCACUGCUGGCCCGAGUACGUUGGGCCCCAGCACGGGAAGCCCAACGACCCUUUCGCCCAGCACGGCGAGCCCCAGCACCGGAAUGCCCAGCACUGCAGGUCCCAGCACGGGAGGCCCUACUACCACCGGCCCGAGCACUGUGGUCCCAACUACCUUGUCACCAAGUACGGUGAGCCCCACCAGUGCCAGUCCGACAACGGCCAGCCCCAGCACCUUGUCUCCCACGGUGCCCGUUGGCGAGCCCAGCGCCACCCCCACCACGCUGUCCCCCACGACUCUUGUUCCCACAACCCAGAGUCCGACCACCGCCGGUCCCACGACUCAAGUGCCCAGCACAGCUGGACCAACAACUGCUGCCCCCAGCACGGGAAGCCCAACUACUACCUUGCCAACUACUUCAGGCCCCAACAGUGCCACUUCAGGUCCUACUACUGAUUCGCCCUCAACGUUGAGCCCAACCAUGUGCCAAUAUUCUAUAACUACACAUGACACCACCAUUGGAUUUGAUGGUGAUACAUCAUCAAUCUCUGAUGAGUCACUUACAACCACUUUUGAAACUUCAUUCAAUUCAGUUGAACAAGAUGAAUGUCCAUCUAGCUUGGAAUCAACAACUGUAGCGGAUAGAUCAUCAAGGAGAAAACUUGAGGCUGGUGGGUCCACUAGUGUCAAGUUUGAGCUUCGUAUUUAUUCAACAACUCCUAUGAGUUGGGUUGAUUCAACUGAAACAGAAUCCACGUUCUUG